UGCGGUCUGGAGCUCGUUGGUUGCACAUUGCCGUCGCCGAAAGUCGGCAAAUAAAAUAAAAUACUCGAAAAACUACAAGCCUCCGUCGUCGUGCGUGAUUCGUUUGCCUAAACCUCAAAGAAAGUAAAACAAAUUAAAUUAUGGCUUAAAUAUGAAUGUAAUGCCAAUAAAUUGUCAUUUGUGUGCAGUGUGCAGUGUGCAGUGUUAGUGUUAGUGUGUGUGUGCCCUAUGUCAUAUACGCAAUAUUUAUGAAUGCAAUCUCCUACGACUGAGCAAAGACAAUACUCGUAAGCCAAGAUUAUUGUGCCUGCAUAUCGAGAGCAUAGCUGAGUUAAGUGAACCCAAAAAAGUGGAUCUGCAUUGUCUAUGUUAGGUAAAAGUGCUAAAAGGAAGUUAUUAUCCUUGUGACAAAAUAAAACUGAACUGAAGUGUGGAAUUGGAUGGUUUAAAACUUACUUUUAGAACAAAAAAACUUAUAAACGUGUGAUCAAUGCGAAAUAUAUUUUCAAGAUGAUGUGUAAUUAAUCGAUGAAUAAAUUUAUAUGUAAAGGUAUACUUCUACAUAAACUAACCAAUUGGCAAUUGAUUGCUUUGCUGGCUCUGAGAAUUAUUAACACCCUGGACUAUAAAUUCCAAACUGUUUGUUGUGCAACUUUUUUCCGUGUCACCCAAUCCCGUGAAUCGCACCCAUCGACAAUCUCCUCAGCAUUGCAUACUUUUAUGGUCGAAUACUUUGCACAGCGAGUGUGAGCGUGUGCGGAAGGCGGCAGAGCAAAAAGAUACAAAAUGCCAGCAAAAGUGAGGCCAAUAAAAAGGCGAUAAAAUUGACGCCGAUACAGUAGGAAGGAGCAGGAGCAGGGGUGGGAGCAGGAGCAGAACGAAACGAUAAGCGUAUCCUGUCGGCAGAGUGCAUAAAACGGCGAUAUAUAUUCCGGUGUGUCCUGUGUGUCCUGUUUGUCCUGUGUGUGUGUGUGUUUGUGCCGUUUUUGUUGCUGCAACCUCUCACUGAUUGCCUGCGAUUCAAAUGCCUUGGUGAUUAAUGGGCCAUUGGCCAUUGCCGACGGGAUGCGCAUAAUUCAACCGGGACAUUGGCCGGCAAUGGGACUUGGUCUAUUCCUGGCCCUUGCCUGGACAACAGCGGCAGCGGCAGCCAUGGAGUCCUCGGCCGAGCUGCAGGCCCUGGGCUACGAGGCAAUUAGGCCAGGUGCUGCUUCGGCUGCGGCCUCAAUUAGCACCUCAUCCACCAGCAGUUCGCCAGCAGUGUCCCCUCGCUCCGACUGGAAAUACAAACGGACGAAAGUCAAACGCCGACAGCAGCGCCUCAAUUCGCACAGUAAUCUGCCCGGCAGCACCAAUGCCUCCCACCUGCACCACCCACUGGUGAGUUUGCCACCCAGGCAGCGCUACCUGAAGGUCAACCAGGUGUUUGAAAGUGAGCGCCGCAUGUCGCCGGCCGAAAUGCAGCGCAAUCAUGGCAAAAUCGUGCUGCUCGGACUCUUUGAGCUCUCCACAUCGAGGGGGCCACGACCGGAUGGCCUCAGUGAACUGGGAGCCGCCACCAUGGCCGUAGAGCACAUCAACAGCAAGCGUCUGCUGCCAGGCUACACUCUGGAACUGGUGACCAACGAUACUCAGUGUGAUCCUGGAGUGGGCGUGGAUCGCUUUUUCCAUGCCAUCUACACACAGCCAUCGACCAGGAUGGUGAUGCUACUGGGAUCGGCUUGUUCGGAGGUCACCGAAAGCCUGGCCAAGGUGGUGCCCUACUGGAACAUUGUGCAGGUAUCCUUUGGUUCCACAUCGCCAGCGUUGAGCGACAGGCGGGAGUUUCCCUACUUCUACAGGACCGUGGCCCCGGAUUCCUCGCACAAUCCGGCUAGGAUUGCUUUCAUCCGGAAGUUUGGCUGGGGAACGGUGACCACAUUCUCGCAGAACGAGGAGGUCCACUCGCUGGCGGUGAACAAUUUGGUCACCGAGCUGGAGGCGGCCAACAUAUCCUGUGCCGCCACCAUCACCUUUGCGGCCACCGACUUCAAGGAGCAACUGCUGCUACUUAGGGAGACGGACACGCGCAUCAUCAUCGGCAGCUUCUCGCAGGAACUGGCCCCCCAGAUUUUGUGCGAGGCCUACAGGCUGCGAAUGUUCGGGGCGGACUACGCCUGGAUCCUCCACGAGAGCAUGGGCGCCCCCUGGUGGCCGGACCAGCGAACCGCCUGCUCCAACCACGAACUGCAGCUGGCCGUCGAGAACCUAAUCGUGGUGUCCACGCACAACAGCAUCGUGGGCAACAACGUCAGCUACAGCGGACUGAACAAUCACAUGUUCAACUCACAGCUGCGCAAACAAUCCGCCCAGUUCCAUGGCCAGGAUGGAUUAGGUUUUGGUUCUGGCACUAACUCUGGCUCCAGGAUCAGUAUCGCUGCACCGCAAUCGGAUUCGGAUGCGGGCCGUCGGCGAAGGAGAAGGAGGAGUAGAAGGGGAUUGGGUGGCAGUGGAGGAAGCGGAGGUCAUCUCUUCCCGGAGGCCAUAUCGCAGUAUGCACCGCAGACCUACGAUGCCGUGUGGGCCAUUGCUUUGGCCUUGAGAGCCGCCGAGGAGCACUGGCGGCGCAACGAGGAGCAAUCGAAGCUGGACGGAUUCGAUUACACGCGCAGUGACAUGGCCUGGGAGUUCCUGCAGCAGAUGGGCAAACUGCACUUCUUGGGCGUAUCGGGUCCUGUUUCGUUCAGUGGUCCGGAUCGCGUUGGCACCACAGCCUUCUAUCAAAUCCAGCGCGGCCUGUUGGAACCGGUGGCCCUCUACUAUCCGGCGACGGAUGCCCUGGACUUCCGGUGCCCUCGCUGCCGUCCGGUGAAGUGGCACAGCGGUCAGGUGCCCAUCGCCAAGCGGGUGUUCAAGCUGCGGGUGGCCACCAUCGCACCACUGGCCUUCUACACCAUCGCCACGCUCUCAAGCGUGGGAAUUGCCCUGGCCAUAGCCUUUCUCGCCUUCAAUCUGCACUUUCGCAAACUCAAGGCAAUUAAACUUUCCAGCCCCAAGCUGAGCAACAUCACCGCAGUGGGCUGCAUCUUUGUGUACGCCACCGUCAUCCUUUUGGGUCUGGACCACUCGACGCUGCCCUCGGCGGAGGACUCCUUCGCCACGGUCUGCACGGCACGCGUCUACCUUCUGUCCGCCGGAUUUUCGCUGGCCUUUGGAUCGAUGUUUGCCAAAACCUACAGAGUUCAUAGGAUCUUCACGCGCACUGGAAGUGUUUUCAAGGACAAGAUGCUGCAGGACAUCCAGCUGAUCCUGCUCGUCGGUGGGCUGCUUCUGGUGGAUGCAUUGCUGGUUACCCUGUGGGUGGUCACCGAUCCCAUGGAGCGGCAUCUACACAACCUAACGCUCGAGAUAAGCGCCAUCGAUAGAAGUGUCGUCUACCAGCCACAGGUGGAGGUAUGUCGUUCGCAGCACACACAAACGUGGUUAAGUGUCCUCUACGCCUACAAGGGUCUCCUCCUCGUGGUUGGUGUGUACAUGGCCUGGGAGACGCGACACGUGAAGAUCCCUGCCCUGAACGAUUCCCAGUACAUUGGCGUGUCUGUCUACAGUGUGGUCAUCACAAGCGCCAUCGUCGUUGUGCUGGCCAACUUGAUUUCAGAGCGAGUCACCCUGGCCUUCAUAACCAUAACGGCACUGAUUUUAACCAGCACCACGGCAACGCUUUGCCUGCUCUUCAUUCCCAAACUGCACGACAUCUGGGCGAGAAACGACAUUAUUGACCCAGUGAUCCACAGCAUGGGUCUGAAGAUGGAGUGCAACACCCGUCGAUUCGUGGUGGACGAUCGCCGGGAACUGCAGUAUCGCGUGGAAGUGCAAAACAGGGUCUACAAAAAGGAGAUCCAGGCACUGGAUGCCGAGAUCCGCAAGCUGGAGCGUCUGCUGGAAACGGGACUGACCACCACGUCGACAACGACUUCGUCCUCCACGUCACUGCUUGCGGGAGGUACUGGCGGUCACCUAAAGCCGGAACUGACAAUCACCACUGGGAUAUCACAAGUUCCUCCGCCAGCUGCCAGUAAAACCCGGACACCGAGUAUUUCGGGAAUACUACCGAAUCUCCUGCUCUCCGUGCUGCCACCGGUGAUUCCUCGGGCCAGUUGGCCCUCGGCGGAGUACAUGCAGAUACCGAUGAGGCGCUCGGUGACCUUCGCCUCGCAGCCCCAACUGGAGGAAGCCUGUCUGCCGGCACAGGACUUGAUCAACCUCCGCUUAGCCCACCAACAGGCCACGGAGGCCAAGACAGGCUUGAUCAACCGAUUGCGAGGGAUAUUCUCGCGCACCACUUCGAGUAACAAGGGCUCCACGGCCAGUUUGGCGGAUCAAAAGGGUCUGAAGGCGGCCUUCAAAUCGCACAUGGGUCUGUUCACCCGUCUGAUUCCCUCCUCGCAAACGGCCUCCUGCAAUGCCAUCUACAAUAAUCCCAAUCAGGAUUCUGCUAUGCCCGUGGAGUCGUCGUCGGCGUCGUCGUCCUCCCAUCCAAAUGGCAAUCAUCACCACCACUUGAAACCAAUUCACAGGGGUUCCCUGACCAAAAGUGGCACCCACCUGGAUCACCUCACCAAGGAUCCGAAUUUCUUGCCCAUAUCCACCAUUUCGGGGGCAGAGGAAUUGGGUGGCAAGUAUGUGAAGCUGCUGGAGACCAAGGUGAACUUUCAACUGCCCAGCAACCGAAGACCAUCGGUGGUGCAACCAGCGCCCAGUUUAAGAGAGCGGGUGCGUGGUUCCCCUCGCUUUCCCCACCGCAUUCUGCCGCCCACUUGUAGCCUCAGUGCCCUGGCCGAGUCCGAGGAUCGUCCCGGGGAAAGCAAUUCCAUUUUGGGCAGCUGCAAGUCCAUACCACGUAUUUCCCUGCAACAGGCCACCAGUGGCGGCACCUGGAAAUCCAUGGAGACGGCGGCUAAAUCGAGGCUUUCCCUGGGUGAUUCACAGGAGGAGGAGCAGCAGCAGCAGCAGCAGACGUCUUAGAUUAGAUGCCCUGUCCUUUAUCCAACUCCAAGUCCAAGUCCUUGUCAAUUACAAAGGAGAAACACCAAGCAAUUAUUUAACGACACGCCCACGACAGAUUCUGCCACCCAGAACAGCGCGUGUGCAACUGACCAAUCAUCAGCUUAAAGCAAUCAAACGCAUUAGGGUAAAACGCUAGAUAAGUCACGAUAGGAACCCAGCCCCCUUUUCCUUGGUUUAUCACCCAUAGCUAGUCAUCUUCCUGAACUUAGCGGAGUGUAAGCCACACAGAGAAAAAUGCAGACACAUUGUGCUCUGCCUAGAAAUAGAAAUAAAAUUUACAAAUUAAACUAAGACAGUUUUGGAAAUUUAGAAUUCGUCUAUAUAUUGAGUCGUUGUUUUUUCAAAUCAGCAAAGUUUUCUAAAAACUAUCAUCAGUAUUUGCUUAUUGAACGAAACUCCUAGUGUAUUUACUAACUCAUGUUGCCAAGUUUUUAGAAAUUGACAGGAUUGUGGUUUUUUUUUGUAGUGUUUUAUAUUAUUUAUUUGUUAUUGUAUUUUACAAAUAUUUUCUUAACUUUCCAGAGAAAUGUAAAUGUAUUACAAACUCAAUUUUUUAUAUAUUUAACGGGAAUAAGGUUUUUUUAAACGAAAAAUCAGGUUCUUGUUUAUGUUGAUUUUUAAGAUUAUUAACUUUUUAUUAUAUAUUAAGAUUUUUUAUAUAUAUAUAUAUUUUUCCUAACAUUUCAGUGAAAUGUAAAAAUACUACGACUACAGUUGCCAAGUUUUAAGUUUAUUUUUUUAUGGUAUUUAUAGAUUAAGAUUUGUUUGUUUUUAAAUAAUUUUUUAAAGUUUCAGAGAUAUACAUAUGUAAUAUGUAUGUUUUAGGGAUCAGUACCAAAGAUUGUUUUCUUUCUCUGAUGUUUUAUUUAUUCUUUUAUUUUUUUUGAAUUCUUAAAAAUAGAUAAAUCGAGGUGUUUUGAUCCUGUCAUCUAGGCUAAGUAGAAGAGCUUGUCAACCAGUUCCAGUUAACCCCGCAAGUUGUGAUUUGCCCGCUCCUUAACCCUUGUCCAUUAUUAUCCUUAUAAGUAGUUGCAUUAGUGUUUGUUUUCUAGUUGUUGUGCCGCCGCAGGAGGGCAAUAUCUGCGGUGUAUCUACAGUGUAUCCAGUGAGCAAUACUAAGUAUCUCGUACUUAAAGUUUAGACUUAGCAUCAGCCGAGAAUCAGAGUAGUGUAGUUGGGGUAAGCAGAGUCAGUCAUUAUGAUUAAUCAUCACAGACGAACCAUGAAUCAUGUAGGAGUCCAGAGUUGCUAGGGCAAAAGCCAAGACACUUGAGAACUGCUCAAGACUAAGCCGUAAGUUUUAGUAUUGUAGUCCAAUUCGAUCCCCUCCAGAAAAACCAUACUCUCCCGAACCUUCCACCAACCACUCGGAUAACUUGAAUAAACAGAAAACAGUCUAGGCAGAAUUG